AUGUCGACAUAUGAGAAAGUGAUAAUGGUAGAUUUCGACGGCGACCAUCCCCAAGACUGGCCCGCAACACGAAAAUGGACCAUUAUGGCGACCAUCGCAAUCCCACUGUUCCUCAUGCCUUUAUCAUCGACUAUCACAACACCAACAGUCAAUGCAAUUGCGGAUGAAUUUCACACGACAUCUACUAUCACAGGCCCACUGGCACUAUCAUUGUUCCUGCUCAUGUACUCCAUGGGACCCAUCUUACUCGGCCCAUUCAGUGAACUAUACGGCCGAUGGCCAGUGUUGCAGAUCGGAAGUUUCUUCUACCUGGCCUUCAAUCUCGGCGCUGGAUUCUGCACAAGCAUGACCCAGCUGUUAAUAUUCCGAUUAUUGAGCGGAAUAGGAGCAAGUGCAUCAUUGGCUGUAAGUUCCGAUUUUGCUUUCAUGGACGAGAUUAGUCCGAGACUAACAAUCUGCCAGGUUGGCGCUAGUAUGGUGGGCGAUGUGUUUCGCAAAGAAGAGCGUGGACUCCCCGUCGCUCUAAUCAGUCUCGGCCCAGUACUGGGAUCAUGUCUUGGUCCCAUUGUCGGCGGGUUCAUCGCAGAGUACACCACAUGGCGGUGGACGUUCUGGUCCACCUCUCUAGCCACGGGUGCAUUUCUAGUGCAGUGUUUGAUUGUUGCGCGAGAGACAUAUGCACCUGUUAUACUGCUGCGGAAGAAAGCAGCUCUAAUCGCAGAAGCAAUCAGACAGGGCAAAUACGAUGGCCGUGUCUGGAAGACGCCUUUUGAAAAAGAUGAGACAGUCGGCCAGCUGUACCGACGCACUAUUUCCCGGUCCUUGUACUUUCUCGGCACGCAGCCAAUUAUCCAAGCACUGGCUUGCUACUACGGUUAUCUUUAUGGAAUUGUCUAUCUCCUUCUUUCUAGCUUCUCGGAGCUUUGGACAACGCAUUAUCAAAUGAGGGUCAGCACCGGUGCCCUCAACUACAUUGCGCCCUGCAUUGGCUACGCCAUCGGGGCUCAGAUCUGUGCUUUUCUGACCGACCGGGUGUAUCGGUAUCAAGUAGCCAAGAACAAUGGCGUGGGAAAGCCUGAGUUCCGGCUGCCGAUUAUGGUGCCAGCUUCGUUGCUGGUUCCUCUUGGAUUGCUGAUUUACGGCUGGAGUGCAGAGUACCACACUCAUUGGAUUGUGCCAGAUAUUGGUAUUGCCCUCCCACUCAUGGGGGCUACUAUCAUCUUCCAGUGUUGCAGUCAGUAUCUGCUAGAUACAUUCCCUGUUUAUGCUGCCAGUGCCAAUGGUGCUGUUUAUAUUGUGCGAGGAUUGACAGGCUUUGGAUUCCCGCUAUUCAGCCCGGCAAUGUAUGAGACACUUGGGUAUGGAUGGGGGAACAGCCUGUUGGCAUUGUUGGCUUUGGUGAUUGGAUGUCCUAUUCCUUUUAUCUUGUGGAAGUAUGGAGAGAGACUGAGGGCUGUGAGCAAUUUCGCAGAUCAAACCAAAUAG